AUGGCUGCUCCAACCGAGCACAAUGCAUACGCACCAUCUCCUCGGGAUAUCUCAAUCACGCCCCUCCUCAAACGGUUAUGGCCUUCACCUGGAGAUAAUAAUGUCACGGCAUCAGAAAUUGCUUUAGCAAUCUCAUAUAUUUUUACGGAUUCGUUAUCUCCAGUUCAAACGGGUGCAUUACUCACGUGUUUGCAUUUCACGGGAUGGGAUCGAAAAGCCGAUGUUCUUGCAAAAUGUGCAGAAGCUAUGAGAGAAGCCGCAUCACCCGUUGAUAAAGAAGCCCUAGACAAAGUUGUCGCGGCGGUUGGGAGACUAGAAGGCGGUUACAAAGGAGGUUUGUGCGAUAUUGUGGGAACCGGAGGAGAUUCACAUCAUACUUUCAACAUUUCAACUACAUCUUCCAUUUUGGCGUCGUCUCUCUUACUUUUGAGUAAGCAUGGAAAUAGAGCUUCUACUUCUAAAUCGGGAUCAGCAGAUCUCCUCAACUCUACGUUACCUACAGCACCAAACUUGUCGGCGGUGACACCAGAUACUAUCACUAAAGUCUACCAAAAAAGUAAUUAUGCUUUUCUCUUCGCACCAGUCUUCCAUCCUGGUAUGAAAUAUGUUGCUCCUAUUCGAAAAGAGCUUGGUUGGAGAACAAUCUUCAAUCUCAUGGGUCCUCUUGCCAACCCAGUCGAAGGCAACAUUGAAGCCCGACUCUUGGGAGUUGCUCGACGAGAUAUUGGACCUGUUUUCGCAGAUGCCCUCAAAAUGAGCGGUGCCAAAAAAGCCAUGGUUGUUUGUGGAGAAGAAGACCUCGAUGAAAUCAGUUGCGCAGGACGGACAUUUUGUUGGAGAUUAGUAGAUCAUUCUGCAGAUGAAUCUUCAUCUUCUAACGAUGUCGAGAUUAAAAGCUUCACAAUUUGUGCUGCUGACUUUGGACUUCCAUCACAUGACCUAAAGGAUGUUUCCCCAGGAAAGGAACCUCAUGAAAACGCCGCGAUCUUGAUGAAUCUACUCCAAAACAAAUUACCAGAUAACGAUCCAAUUUUGGAAUUUGUCCUCAUGAACACUGCAGCUUUGUUUGUCGUCGCGGGAAUCUGUGAUGCAGAUACUAGCAAAUAUGGGUCAUGGAGAUGA